ACCAAAACCCGGUGCGAAGGCGGCAUUUCAGCUCUUCGGGAGGCAUUAAUGGAAAACACACAUUUGCCUUUGUUUCUGCCCUUGAGGGGCGGUGGAGACUCGUGGUUGCCAGGGCGGACUAAAGUGUCGCCACAGCCUGGCCUGUGGCAUAAGCCAGGGCAAAAUUCCCUUGGUGUGUCCAGACCGAGGGAGGAGUGAUCGCUGUUUCGUCUGGUGCUGGCACGAUGGUCGUUUUGCCUCACAGCCGGAGCGCAGAGGCACUGUAGGAUCACAAGUGGUGUAUAUGGGUGUAUGCUGUCGUGCGGCUUCUCAGCAUUGCCUUGUGCUGGGCCGUGGACCUGGGAAGGAGAAGUGAGUUUGUGCAGCCAACAGAGAAAAAGGUUUUGUAAGAAUUUGAAACUCCUGUUCUGCACAACGCCUGCCGUUUCCCAUGUUUUAAUUGUUGCGUUUCCAUGACGUAGAGCAAAAUCAAAAUAGCUGGGUGCACGGAAGCACCCCUGUACAGGUGCUGUGGCAUGGUGGAGCAUGCUGUUUGGCCUCGUGCCUUGGACUUUUUGGGGCCUGGACGAGCUGCAUCUCCAUGAGCUGGGGUCUGCUGAGCUGCCCGGCGACAGGGCAGGGGAGGGGUUGUCUCCAGAGCGCAGAGGCAUGAGCCAGCCUGCCUGUGGGCCCCUGAGUGAGUGUGUGCGCCCGUGACUGACAGUCCUUGGAGGGCAAGGCUUGGGCAGAGAACAGGCAUGAGACAGCGUGUGUCCGGGCACCAGAGCUUCAAAUCAUCUCGUUAGCGUAUCGGAGCACUCGCUGGAGGCUUCCGAAUAUCCCAGUGCCUGUGGGCGGUGUGUGAAUUUGGCUUCCUGCUAGGCAGGGGGUGUGAAGACACUGAAUUCUCCUCAGUGCUUUCAUUACCCUAAUAAAAUUACUUAAGGGCUGUUAAGUUCUCCUGCAGAAAAAUAAGAUAUACUUGCCUGUUCCAUUAGGUUAUCCUUCCCUGAGCCCCCCAAAGCUCUGCCACUUGGUCUCUCUUCUGUGUCUGUUUGUGAAAUCCACCCCGAGGUGUUAGAGAAUCUUUUCCAACCAUCUGGACCAGAUGCCAGUGGUGGAGAGUUGGUACACUCUGCCCAGCAGAAAGCUUAUCAAGAUAGCCCCCUCUCUUCCUCUUCUACAGCCUUAGCUUUGACAGAUACUAAGGAGUUAUUCAAAGCUGCCUUCUUUUUGAGUGUUGUAUCAUCAUAGCUUUUUUUUUGUGUGUGAGAGAAAUUCUUACCUAAACUCGUGCUCAGCAGAAGCAGCAGAGAAAACAGGCUCAAAUGAAAAAAAGACCUUUUACUCCAGGAUUGUCAUUUGCCAGGUUUUCCCAGCAUUAUCCAUUUUGCCUUACAUUCACUGUCAGGAUCUUGUGUGAGAGGUUCUGUUCUAGUAGUUUCAGUUCUGGACACACUUGGGCCCUGUUCAGGCCCAGACAAUCACCAGUUGGUGUCAGCAGCAUUGAAUAGACCAGCACAAACCAGAUACCGCACUCUCUGGGCUAAGCAGAGUUCAACAUACCUCCAACCAUGAGUGAACACUGACUAGCGAGCUGGUACAAAUUCCUUUGAGUCUGCAGUGAGACAAAGUUCAGCUAUGGCAAUGACUGAUAGCGCUAUAAGGGAAGCAGAUCUUCCUUGGAGAACUGCUGGCACCACUCAAUUUAGACAACUUCUUCAUAUGUCCUGGGAGGUCUUUUGAUCUCAGCAUGCAACUACCAUUUGUAGGAGUUUAUCUCAACGUAUGUUUUGUUUUAAAACUCACCCAUUUUUCUGCAGAGCAUCCCUGAUGCUAAGUGAUAGUUUUGGGAGAGUCUUUAAUCAACUGUAUCUUGGUUGAAGCUCAAAGAUGCUGGUACACAUUGGAUUGCUGAUUGGCCUUUCAUAAUUAUGUUACUCUGGAGAUAUUUCUUCUCUGGAGAUACUCAAGGCCCGUCUGGAUGCAACCCUGUCUAACAUGCUCUAGGUGACCCUGCUUGAGCGGGGGGGUUGGACUAGAUGAUCUCCAGAGGUCCCUUCCAACCUUACUGAUGCUAUGAUUCUAUGAUACUCUCUUUCCUUGAUGACGUAGGAUAUUCAAGUACUGUAGAGAUGAGGAAAAAAAUUGCACGAAAGCAAGUUGAUAGAUGUUACUGGACAGUCUUGAAACCAAUGGCUUGAUUUGUGGGAGAGAGGCCUGAGUUGUGAAAUUUAUAUCCAGAUCUGAAGUUCUCUAAAGAACCCUGCAACGGAGACUGAGGCCAUUCCUAUAAGCAUGGAUUUGAGGUUUAGACCUAUGUGUAAUGUAAAUGCAGUAGUGCUUCUCGGGAGGCUGUAUUACUUCACUGGGGGUGUUCUGAUAAGCUUGUUUAAAGUAUCUGCUCUGUGCUAUUUUAGGAAUAUGGAUAUGUCCUGAAAAGUGUCACUUCUCUUCCUCUAACAUUGCCUGGAGUGAGUAUAGUAAUUUACUCCACCUUAAGAUCAAGGUGGAUGCCACACCCUCUAACAACCAAAGUUGAUAGCAACCUGGCUUCUGCUGUACCUAGAGAAAAAAGUUGCUGUCGCAGAGAUCUUUAGAUCCUUCCUUUGCUCUUCAGUCACUGCCUGCAAAGAUCCUGGCCUUCAAGCACUAAGCCUAUGAACACAUGGAUUUUGGAAGUGCUACAGGGAACGAGAGCGUGCAGUUGCAAGAUAGGAAUGAGAGGCUGUACAUGAAGCUUGGAGACAUGCAGGAGAGGAUGGGGAAGCUGGCUGGCUCCAAAACAGAUUUGUCAGCCAGACUGGUCUUCAGUGAAGAGGAAAAAUUGAAGAUUUCCAAAGACCUUGUUGAUCUCCAGAUUGAGACAAACAAAAUGAGGGAGCAGUAUGAAACAGAGAACUUUGAACUGAAAAAUAUGAUCCUGGCCCUGGAGAACCGUGUGCUGGAGCUGGAGCUCUCCAGUGAGAAAGUCAGAGGGGAGCGGGAUGCCUUGCAGGAACAUCUGCACGCUGUGGAGACCAAUCGGAAGGAGCUGGCAGAUGAGUACAUCAUUUUGAAGAGCAAUUACUUGGCACUAGGCAAAGAACUUGACCAGGAGGUCAUGAAGAAUGAAGAGCUCAGCCUAGAACUGCUCAACCUGGCCAAUGCCAGGAGCAGCCUUCCCCACGCACAAGACAACCGCUACCACUCCCACGCCAGGGACAACAACUCCUCUGCUGAGCUGGAAAGAGUGCGUGCAAUGGUUCACCGUCUCUCUGCUCGAAAGGUGAAGCCAGAAGAUGUAGUUGCCUCUGAGCAUGAGCGGCGAAAGCUGGAGAGAAAUUUGCUUGGAAACCAAGAUCACGUAAAAGUGGAGCUUGAAAAAAUGAAGAAAACCUAUGAUUCACAGCAGCAGAAGCUGGAAGAGAGAGUGAUCACCAUGGGGAAGGAGCUGCAAGAGGCGAAGAGAGCAAUCCACGACACCCAGCACAAACUGGCAGAGCAGUCAGCAGUGCUGCUCACCUCCCAGAGCCAGCUCCAAGAGGUGGAGGCGGAGAACUCCCGGCUGCAGCUCAGGCUGAAGAAGUUGAACGAGGAGUAUCGCUCCCGGCUCACACAAUACAUCAAGGACUUGGCGGACUACAUGGACAGCAAAUCCAGCAACCUGAAGGGGCCUAGCAAAGGCCCGGCUAAUGAUGCUCACAUGAAACGCUUUGUGGACAGCAUGCUGAAGGAUAUCAAGGCUUCGCACAAGUCCCGGGAAGAGCAGCUAGCUGGAGCGGCUCGUGGCUACAAGAAACGCAUGAGAAACUUAGUCAAGAAGCAUGAAAACCUGCUGAUUGCUUACAGGAUGCAGCGAGAGCAGAUCCAGUCCCUAGGCAGCAGUGAUAUGGACUCUGGCCCUGCUGAAUUCCACUUUUCCGUCACAGACCCAGAGCUGCUGACAAACACAACCCAGGAGUUAAACCGGCUGCGAGAGGAUAAAGCAAAACUGGAGAUGCAAUUGCAUGAAUUGCAGGAGAAGAAAAGACUGAAAGAAACCUCUGGCUUUGGGUUGUCCCCUGAGCAGAAGCUGGAUGAAGAGGGCUGGGAAGAGGUCAGGAAGCAGCUCCGGGAGUUCACGCAUACCACCCAGGAGGAUUUGGAGACAGAGAGAAGCCAGCUGCUGACUCGGGCAGUCGUGGCAGAGGAACAGGUGUCAGAGCUGCAGGAAUACAUCGAUAAGCAUCUUGCAAGGUAUAAGCAGGAGAUCCUCCGGUUAAGAAAACUCGUUGGCAGUGAAGUACCACGUGCACUCAGUGCUGGGGCCACUGAUACUCACUUACUGCAGAGAUCCAAAAGGACCAUCAGCCGUGAAAUAUAGCUCUUCCCAGUGCCUCCAAGAAGCAGCAGAACUGGAGGAAGGUGCAAGGCUUAAAAGCUUUCUGUUCUGUGGACUGGCCAAGGCAAGCAUUCAUCCCCUGGCUGAGCGCUGGGACACACAGAGAAGGAAACCACGUGGGUGUUCUUGGUCUCAAAUUAACAGUACUAAAAUGGGACAAGACAACUGUGUCUUGUCUAUCCUCUGACCCUUUAGCUGUAGGAAUAGUUCUGAAGUUCCCUGAGCACAUCACAACUGGGGACACAAGGUCAAUUUCCCAGGCAGCUUUUUACUGCAUAACUGCAGUGACAGGUUCCCACUCUUGCCUUCUGCUAGGAUGGUGUGAUAAUAUUUCUGCUAGGUCAGACCCAGAGCAAAGCACUCUUGAGUCUAAGGGCUAACUCUGCUUCUGCCUCUGCUCCCUUCUGAGCUUGUGAGGGAUGAGACCAGGGAUGGUUCAACCUAAACUUUGUUUCUAAGAAGUUAAACAAAGGGGAUCAGCUGCUCUUUCACAGUGGGAAAACAUUAUUUCUGUGUUUGGUAGAGAGCUGGACACAUGCCAUCUGGAGCCCUCUUACAAGGGACUUCAGAGCAAAGCUUGUGGCAAGGGGCACACUGACUCCAGAAUCACCUUGCAGCUCAAAAGCAGAGCAAAUGUCUCAAAGAAAGAACUGUCCAAAUAUUUAUUGCAAAAAAUUAAUCUCGAAUAAACUAACAAACUACAGAAAGAGGCACUAACGAUUUAGCCCUUAAAGCCUGUAACUCUAGGAUUUCUAGAUUUGAUUCCCUUCUUUGUUCUCCAAAACUGAUCAGACUUUGGAAAACAAGGAGGGGCUGUGAUCCUGCGAGUCUCCAGGACAGUCUGCCAAAGAAUCACUCUCAUCCCCCCAUUCACUGCUCUCCUGGACCGCUGAGCUGAGACUGGUUUGGAGAGGCUUGGACAGUGUCUCCGAUCCCUACUCAUUUUUAGCUGGUGAGCCUUAAAAUGCUGUGCUCUGAAUGAGCUGCCCAUUAGACCGGGCUUCCCUCCAUGCUGCUCUGUGCUGCUUGCCGCACCUUCUUCAUGUCAUAGGCCCACACUUGAUCCAGCCCCUUGCCAAUGGUGCUUGUUGGGGUCCAGGAUGGGAAGGGGAAGCGUCCAGCCACCACUCGGGCCUCAUCUGGGAGUUCUGCAAGGAGCUUGGCAGCUAGGGGAGGUUUCUGGGGAGACAGAGAGAUAGCCAAAGCCAAAAGGCCUUAGAAAAUAAUCAGCUACUUCCAGUGACUCUGCAGCACAGCACCGUACCACACACUCUGCCUAGGCUGUCUGGCCGCUAUUGGGGAUGAAUUCAGCACAGGGAAACGGUGAUGAGGGCAGCCUGAAACACCAGUGCCUGUGGUUCUGCAUUCCGAGAUGGUCGCUCUCUGAAAGGUAACUUAGUGUCCCAAGAAAAUGUGUUUUCCUGGAGCAUCUCCACCUGGAGACGCAGCCGCAUACAGCUUCCUUAUGGUAGUGUCACCAGGGAAUAUAAAACAGCCUUCUUGGCACACUCUCAACCUGGUUAGCGGGUCCCAAACAGACAGCAUUGGCUGAAGCAGGGCUGGUUCUAGCCCUACACAUAGCCGAGACCAGGAACAAAUUCAGGUGAUGCUGAGCAACUCCUUACAUGCAGUGAAGCCCACAUGUAUUUCCAGUUCUCAGCACUACAGAAGACUCAGUUCUUUGCUUGCAUUUUGUGGCACUGAGACUCAUUUUGCAGUGUUGACUGUAACAGGUGUUCAAAGUGAUCAGUAAGAGUGCCAGAUAACGAGCACCGCAGGGGAUGUGAGGACAGUGCUCCCACAAGGGUCCCUCAGGAUGAAAUGUGGAAGAAGGUCCCAGAACAGGGUCGUGUCCAUCAGCUACAGGGAGCAGGCUGCAUUGUCAAAAACACACUCCAAUUUGGCUUUUUAUUCCAAUGUGUGAUUUUGUUUUUCUUUACCUCUAAUCUCUCUAUUUUUGGCCUUAUUUUUUAAAGACCGUUUGCCAAUGUU